GCCACUUUAAUAAUAAUCAAAUUUAUUUAGUUAAAAAAAAAGAAUCAAAAACUAGAAUAGUUUUAAAGAAAAUUGAUAUGGAUAAUUUAUCAGACCAAUCUCUUAAACUUAUACAAAGGGAAAUAUGUUUAAAUAAAUUGAUACAACAUGCAAAUAUUUUGAAAUAUAAUGAUUGUUUCAUAAUAAACUCAUAUUUAUGGUGUUCUACACCUUAUAUAACUUAUGGUACAAUCACAGAUAUCAUUAACAAUUUUUAUAAUAAUGGAAUUCCAGAAUUAAUUGCUAUUAAAAUUAUUUAUGAUAUUAUUAAAGCCCUUAUUUAUAUACAUUCACGAAAUUUAAUUCACAGGAAUAUCUGCUCAGACAAUGUUUAUGUAUCAAAUAGAGGUAUUGCUUAUUUAUCAGGCUUGAGAUGUGCUUGUAGUAUGUAUGUCAAAGGAAAACAUGUUGAUAAAUUAUUUGACUUUCCAUAUUAUGCUAAAAAUAUACAUUUGAGUGCUAGUCCUGAAAUGCUGUCUCAAGACUUGAGGGGUUACAAUAAAAAAACAGAUAUUUACAGCUUAGGACUAGUCGCAUGCCAUAUAGUGAGUGGAAUAAUUCCGUAUUCGAACAUAGAGAAGACUCAAGUUUUUCUAGAAAAGAUUAAUGGUAAUCUUCCUUCUUACAUGUCGUUUUUCCCUCAUAGACAAUCACUUAUAAUGGGAACGAUUCACAGCGUUAAAAAUAAAUUUACUGGCUUGUUAUUUAAUCAAAACAAGAUGGGAGACUCAGAUGACCCAGAUGAUGAGGAUCAAUCAGUUUUAAAAAGCGAAAAUGAUGUAAAAAAUAACGACGAAUCUCUACGAAAUUUAGAAAAUAGGAAUAAAAAUAGAAUUGAUAGUUCAAACGAGGAUUCGAGUUAUAUAAUUAGAAGAAAGGUUAUACCUUUUACCGACGAGAUACUGAAGAGAGCCAGGUUCCCAAAAUUCGCCGAUUUUUCUUAUGACACCGCCGAAGAUUCUCUUGAUAAUAGCUUCGAGGAAUCACCUCAUGCAGAUGCUAAUCGAGCGUCCACUAGUCAUGUUCCUUUCUUUUCCCAUAGAAAGAAUUCAGCUUCUCAUAUUGCAAUAAUCGAAUCGUUGCCUAAAAACAUCGACCAAAAUUUUGAAUCAUCUGACACCAAACUCAAUAAGGAAAAUAUACUUAUAUCUGAUAAGGCCGGCAAUGAGAAAAUAUUGGAGAAUGCCAUAGUUAGCACAGACCCCGGUCCUUCGUUUCCAGACGUUCAAAAAAAGCAACGUAAGAAUAGAUUCAAAUUUUUUCAUGUCACAAAAAUUUCUAACGGAAACGAAUUCUCAGCUUCUAUUACUAACAACGACAACAAUAAACUUCCCAACCUAAAUCAUCUUAAAAUUGAUAAAUCAAGCGAUGAAAUGAAAAUAUCGGAAAAUUCGGCCACAAAGAGGCCUAAAAAAAGCGUCUUUUUUAAACUCCCUUUCAAUCAAAAUCAUUACACCUGUGAUGAUAAUGAUCAUCAACUCAAAAAUGUUUUAAAUCGUAAAAUAAAAAAGGCGCCGCCGGCUCAAAGGCAUUCUCUUCAUUACAUCCCUUCCAUUUUUCUUCUCAGGAGACAAACCGCGUUCGAAUUUGUCAAAAAACGACGCUUUAGUAGCAAAUUACCCGGCGCCGAUUUUAAUUCUCAAAAUGUGCAAAAGUUAAUAUUGCCCCAAUAUGCGGUUAAAUUGGGUGAAUAUGUAAAAGCCGAACCUAACAAAAGAAUUUUUACUAAACGGGCUUCCACGGGUAGGAAAUCAUUGACUUAUUUGGAGAUGUCUUACGAUAUGAAAAAUUUUAUAUUUUCCUGCCUUAAUUACGAACCCGAAGAUAGACAAACUGCCGAAAACCUAAUCACUUAUCCGUUAUUCAAAAAGGUUUAUAAAUUUCGUUCCGAAUUUUUGUCCUCUUCCGUUUCAUCCUUAGUCGGGGAUAUGACUUUAGAUGACAAUAAACAACUAAACAAACUCGAAAAACAAACUGUCGAUCAUAUUUGGAGUUUUUAGAACAAAAAUAAUUUUAUGCCACUUUUUUAGAAAAAAAACGUUUAUUUAAACAUUUUUUAUAUAAUAUUUAAAAAAAAGUAUAAAUUUUUUUAAAAAAAAAAAUCUCAAAAUGCAGUCAAGUAUUAUUGUGCAUAGAUAGAUAGGCUAUAUUAUUAUAUUAUAUACUAGAUGUUCGUUUCGUCUAUUUUUUAAAAAAAAUAUUAUUUCGGAAAAUUUGGGGUCAAAUUUGAAUUUAAGAAUGAAUAUGAUUUUAUGUAAAUAAAUUAUGUAUGUGUAAUAAUUCAUCGAAAGAAAA